UAGAGGGAGGGGCGUACAUACGGUGGUUUAGAAGCGUGAGCUGUCUUGUUUGCUGAGAGUGGUUCUAACCAAAGUUAUAGCUAACCCUAUGAGCUAACCCGACUCUGCUCAAACUCAAUCAGUCAGAAACAUGUCGGUGGUUGGUGGCGCCUUGAGUCGAAAUGUUUUGGCUAUUAGAAAUUCUGGCAUGAUGGUGAUGGUACGGCACGCUCAGACGGCCGCUGCCCCGGCUCCUGAACCCAGGAUCAAGAAGUUCCAGAUUUACCGUUGGGACCCAGACUGCGCCGGGGAUAAACCACGAAUGCAGACGUAUGAAAUCAAUCUCAACACCUGUGGUCCAAUGGUUCUGGAUGCCCUCAUUAAGAUUAAGAAUGAGAUUGACCCCACUCUCACAUUCAGACGCUCCUGCCGUGAGGGUAUCUGUGGUUCAUGUGCCAUGAACAUUAAUGGAGGCAACACACUGGCAUGCCUAAACAAAAUUGACAGCAACACAAGCAAACCAACCAAAAUCUACCCGCUCCCACACAUGUAUGUGGUGAAAGAUCUGGUGCCUGAUAUGAGCAACUUCUAUGCACAGUACAAAUCCAUCGAGCCCUACCUGAAAAAGAAGGAUGAUACUCAAGAAGGGAAGGAGCAGUAUUUCCAGUCGGUGGAGGACAGGCAAAAACUGGAUGGCCUGUAUGAGUGCAUCCUGUGUGCUUGCUGCAGCACCAGCUGUCCCAGCUACUGGUGGAAUGGAGACAAAUACUUGGGACCUGCUGUCCUAAUGCAGGCUUACCGGUGGAUGAUUGACUCCCGUGAUGAAUUCACUGAGGAACGUUUGUCUAAACUUCAGGACCCCUUCUCUCUCUACCGCUGCCACACUAUCAUGAACUGCACUAAGACCUGUCCCAAGGGACUCAACCCAGGAAAGGCCAUCGCAGAGAUCAAGAAAAUGAUGGCGACUUACAAAGAGAAGAAAGCGGCAGCUUCGUGAACAUGUGAACAUCCAGCUGGCUCAAGAUCCACUAAUAAUACCUUAAACUAAGUAAAGAGGAAGAGAAGAGCCAACCACUAACUUUUGCAUACAUCAGCACCUGUUUGUGGUUUCAAUGAGUGUGUGAGUGUGAUUUAAUGAGGAGGAGGAAGGCAGGAGAUUGUGAGAAAAGGGUGCUGGAAAGAACUACUAUUUGUCUGCAAAGUGAAAAUACUAGGCUCUGUUGUAUUUAUUGUUGGGAGAAGCUCAUGGAAUUGUACUCUGACUGUAAAUAUUUAAAUAUGUGUUCAUUAAAGAUGUGCUGGGCUCAUUUUGGAAA